AACGUAAAUAGAUAAACAGUAUAAAAAAGGUGUCAUAUUCAAACAAAAUUAAAAAUAAAACUUUAAGUUAGGUUAUUAAAAUUCUGCAUAAAAAUUUAUUAGUUUACGGCGAAAUAGUCAAAACUGUUGUUAUUAUGAAUGACAUUCGAACUAUUUUGCUACUUUGUGUGGUUGCAUAUGCUCAAGAAUAUAUCAGCAUUAUAAAAGAAUUCAAACCAAUUCAAGGAUCAUUACUUGGAACUGUAAAUGUUUUAAAAAAAGAGUAUGUUGUGUCAUUUAAUGUAAAGCCUAUGACAUUUUCGAAGAAUUGGAAAAAUGUUCUUCGUUUAACUUUGGGUAAUGAAUUUGUAGCUUAUGGUGAUGCGAAUCCAGGUGUUUGGUUUCAUGGAGAUGGCUCCGGAAAACUUCGUAUUCAUGCAGCUAUAAAUGGUGAUAUUCAAUAUCAUUUUGACACUACUACUCCACUAGAUUUAGGCCAAUGGUCAAGCAUUAAGAUAUAUCAAAAUAAAUAUGAAGGUGUUUUUUGGUUCUGUAUUGAUGUUAAUGGGAUAAACAUUCAUAAAGUGAAAAACUCUGAUGCUCGAGAUUUUCAAAGUAUGAAAGUUUAUGCCUCUGAUCCUUGGUAUGCUGCACAAGAUGGUUUCAUAUCAAAUCUUUUAAUUGUUAAUGGAAAUGAUUACUUUUUCCACAAAAAAGAUUUUAAUCUGAUUCAAGGAUCAUUACUGGAAACAAUGAAUGUUUUACGUAAGGAGAUUAGUGUUUCAUUUACUGUAAAACCAAUAAAAUUUACAAAGGUUUGGAAAAAUGUCCUUCAUUUAACGUUGGGAAAUAAAUUUUUAUUUUAUGGUGAUACAAACCCAGGUGUUUGGUUUCAUGAAGAUGGCUCUGGAAGGCUACGUAUUCAUGCUGCUAUAAAUGAUGAUAUUCAUUAUCAUUUUGACACUUCUACUCCAAUAGAUUUAGGCAAAUGGUCAAGUAUAAAAAUAUAUCAAAAUAAAUAUGAUAGUGCUUAUUGGUUCUGUGUUGAUGUUAAUGGAGUAAACAUUCAUAGAGUGAAAAACUCUGAUGCUCGUGACUAUAAAAAUAUGAAAGUGUACGCCUCUGACCCAUGGUAUGCUGCCCAAGAUGGUUUUAUAUCUAACCUUCUUAUCAUUAAUGGAAAUGAUGAUUUAAAUCAGUUUGACAGCUCAUUUACAGAUUUAAAUGACAUAACAUGCUUAACCAGCCAUGUUGCAGUAGUUAUUGCUGCAGUUGCUCUUAAACAGGGUAGUCUUUUUGGAAGAAUUUUUAAAUUUACUAAUGUUUAA